GUAACCUCAAUUUAUUUGGCUCAUCAAAACCUUGAAAGACGCUUGCAGCUCGCAACCUUUGUUGUCGCUGAGAAGCACUGCGUGCCCUCCAACUGCGAAACGACUGCGCCUAUGAUACUUUCAAGACCUAGCUGGGUCUUAGGGCGAGCUCGGGCCUUCUUCAGUGGCAGAAAUGCUGAGGAGUGACAAGGAGGCUUCGGCAAGGGCUUGGAAGAAUGACUAGUGGAAUCCCUGAGGCCUUCGGUUUCGUGCCCGCGCACGUUGUUGCAGACUUGCAGGAUAUUGGUAACUGGAAGUCGCGGGCCACGGCCAUCGAUUUACUUUACAAAGCGCUCAAAGAUGUCAGCCGGCCUCAGAACUUGGUGGAGUCCCUACCGGACUUUGUCAAGUUUCUGGUGGGGCUCAUUGCCGACCCCAACUUCAAAAUUGCGAUUUCGUCCAUGUCCAUACUGGGCGAGCUGGCCAGCAAGGUCGGCAGCGAGCUGGAGGCGCACUUGAGCGUGGUUGUCCCGGCGCUUCUGGAGAAGUUCACGGACAGCAAGAUCCUGGUGCGGGCGGCCAACAUGAAAGCCAUCAAGAAGCUGAUGGGCGCCACGUCGCCGGGCGGGGUGCUGGAGCUGCUGGCGCUGGGGAGCAGCCACACCAGCUGGCGCGUGCGGGAGGAGGUGCUGAACACACACAUAAUGGCCAUGCUGUCGUUCGGACGGAGUGCCUACCAGCCGGCGGCGGUGUACUCGCUGAUGCGGGCCGGCAUGGGGGACGGCAAGGACAAGGUCCGGCUGGUGGCUCUGGAGGGCAUGGCGGUGCUGGGCGCCAGGGCCGGCAAGGCCGAGCUCACAGCGCUGAUGGCGGGGCAGAAGCCGGGCGCGCGCCCGCUGGCGGAGGAGCAUAAACGAGAGGUCAUGGUGCGGCUGGCCAACCCCGCGCUGCCCGCCAUCAACGGCGACGGCCUGGUGGAACACUGCGUGGAGCUGCCGGCGGCGGCGGGCGCGGAGGCCGCAGACAUGAGGCUGGCGGACGCGGCCUUCGGCGGCGCCGGCGGCACCAAGCUGCCGUGGGGUGACCCCAGCACGCCGCCGCGGCCGCGCCUGCGCACCGCCACCAGCUCCGACCACCCGGGCAGCAGCAGCGCUAACGGGAGAGAGCGGCCGGCCGGCCCGGGCGGGGGCGGCGGCGGGGCGGCGGAGGGCGGGCCGCCCGCGGGGCGGAGGCAGGCGUCGGCGUUGCACCUGGACAGCGUCCGCAGCGGGCCGCCUGCCAUGCUCCAUCACGGUGUGGAGCCGGGCGGCGACGGCGGGCUGUGGAGCCCGUCCUACCGCCCCGCGCCUAUGCCUAGCGGCGCCGCGUUCGGGCACCCGCCCAGCCGGCUGGGGUCGCACGAUUCGUUCACGGCGGGCGCGGCGUACGGCGGCGGCGGAGCCGGCGGCGGUGGCGGUGGCGGUGGCGGCUACCCCAUUUCCGCGGCCUCGGGCUGGAGCUUGAGCGCGGCGCGGCCGCCGCCGCUGCAUAUGAUUGAGCGGCCGGCGUCGCCGCUGCGGGAGGCGGCGAGCAACGGCCAUCUGCCGGCGGCGAGCCACCCGCUGCUAUCGCUUGCGAGCGACAGCUCGCAGGAGCGCAGCAGCGCGGGCUCGGCGCCGCCGCACGCGCGGGACCUGCACGGCGGCGCGCACACGCCCAGCGCGCUGCAGCCGCUGAAGCAUCACUGGGGAGCCGCCCGCUCCACGGAGGGGCACCCGGCGGGUCUGAAGCUCCCGCUGGAGGGCCUGGAGGACAGCCCGCUGUCGCCCGCGGCCCGCAACUUCCAGCCGCUGGUCAGCAGCCGCGGCAGUGCGCCGGGCGUGGCGCCGUCAGAGAUGGCGGCGGCGGCGGCGGCAGCGGCGGGCAACCACCACCACCACAUGCGCGGAGACGGGCUGGAGUACAUCCCGCGCCCCUCCAGCGUGCGCACGCAGGCAGCGGCGGAGCUGCGCGAGUCUCGUGACCCGCGCGCGCCGCCCAGCCACUCGCUCUCGCACCCGCCGCUCGGCGCCGGCAGCAGCGCCGCCACGGCGCCGGGCGGCGGCGGCGGCGGCGGCGUGCAGCACUCCUCGUCGGCCAUGGCACUGUGGCUGCACCAGGGCGGGAUAGACGACCACACAGCCUCGCGCCAGGAGACGUUCAGCCCCAGCAAGGCGGAGAUGCUGGCGCGGCUCAAGGUGCGGCAGAUCGAGAAGCGCGCAGUCACCGCGCAGAUGGACCCGCCGCCCGGCAGCUCCCACCCCCACCACCACGGCGACCUGCUGCUGGCCUCCGCCAACGACAUCGCGCCCAUUGCCGCCGCCGCCAGCCACGGCAGCAUCACCGGCGGCGUGCCGCCGGGCCGCCGGCACCUGUUCACGCAGCUCUCGGACAACCAGCGCGACCGCGGCGGAGCCGCGGGCGGAGCCGACCGCGGGUAUAACAGCGUGCUGAACACGCCCACGCGUGCCGGCGGCGCGUCGCCGAGCCCCUUUGACGAGACGCCGGCGUCAGCUCGGCCGCCGCGGACGGGCCUGGCGGCGCGGCUGGGUCGGGCCACGCCCAUGGCGGUGGACCCCGGCUCCGGCGCGGCGACCAGCCGCUCGCCGCCGCUGGCCUCGCCGGGCGUGUACGCCACCGCCAGCCCCGCGGCGAGCGAGGACUCGCCGGCGCGGCCGCUGGCGCCCGCCUCGCCGGCGCUGAACCGCCUGCGCGCGCGCAGCGCAGAGGUGCCGAAUCUGUACCCGCCCAACACGCCCGGCGGGGGGCCGGGGCCGGGCGCGGCGCCGGCCACGCCCGGGGGCAGCAGCGGGCCGUUUUGGGAGAAGGGGCGCACGGGCGGCGACGUGGCGCCGGAGGAGCUUGCGCCGCUGCAGGAGCCGGACAAGCACAUACGCGUGGUGAUCGCCAAGCUGAUCGAGGCCAACCACGCCGACCGCAAGGAGCUGGACUGGCAGGGGCAGUACGAGGCGCUGGUGGACGCGCGGCGGCUGGUGCGGCACCACGGCGAGGUGGUGCGCGCCUGCCUGCACGAGUUCGUGCGCGCCGCCACGCCCGCCAUCGACCAGCUGCGCAGCCAGACGUGCAAGUGCGCGCUGGCGCUGUUCUCGGAGUGCUUCACGCUGCUGGGCCGCGCCAUGGACCGCGAGCUGGACGAGGUGGUGCCGGCGCUGCUCAAGAAGGCCGGCGAGGUGUCCAACGCCGGCCGCGACAACUUCCUGGCGGAGGCCGCGGACCGCACGCUGCUGGAGAUGGGCCGCUGCUGCGGCGAGGCGCGCUGCGCGGCGGCGCUGCUGGCGGUGGCGGGGCACAAGAACCCGUACGUGCGCGGCAAGGUGGCCUUCCACCUGGACUGCCACAUGGAGGCCUGCGCCGGCGGCGCGCGGCAGUCGCUGGCCAGCAACCCCGCCCUGGUGGAGCGUGUGUUCAAGGCCGGCGCCGCCUUCCUGGACGAGGGCGGGCUGGACACACGCACCUACGGCAAGCGCAUCGUGUGGCACGUCAAGGCCAUGCUGGCCUCGCGGGCCGAGUUCGACCGCCUGGUGCACAGCGUCACGCCAGAGUCGCUGCACCGCAAGGUGGUGGACACGGUGGAGGGGCUCAACGGGCCGCCGCCGCCGCCCUCGCGCGCGGUGGCGGGCGGCGUCCCGGGCAGCCGCCUGGCCUCGAGGCAGCUGGGGCCGGGCGGCACGCCAGCCAGCCCCAUGCGGCCCAUCCUGGACGGCGCCAUGGGCGGCGGGAUGAUGGGAGGGCCGGGGGCGGGGGCGGGAGGAGGUGGGGGAGGUGGGGGAGGCAUGGGUGGCAGUCUGACGCAGAACCCGCCGCCCAUGCGGCAGUCCAGCUACUCGGCUCCCAGCCCGCUGGGCGCGGCCGCGGGUGGCGCCACGCCGGAGCGGCGGCGCGGCCUGGGGCGGCAGCGCACCUCGGACCUGGACGGCAUCCCGGAGGGGCCCGGCAGCAGCAACACCAGCGGCAACGGCAGGUUGCCGCCGCGCAGCGCCGCCGCCGCAGGCGGCGGCGGCGGCGGUGGCGGCGGCGGAGCCGGCGGCAGCCUCUCCGCGCGCGGGAGCAGCGGCAGCGGCGGCGGUGGCGCGAACGGCGACGGCGGCGGCGGCGGCUUCGGGCCGGCGGUGCAGGAGACUGUGGUGAAGAGCUUGCUGAUGCUCACGGCUAAGGACUUCAGGGAGCGCAUCGAGGCGCUGCGGGCGGUGGAGGGGGUGGUGGGGUCGCUGCCGGGGGCGCCCGACUCGCUGCUGAUCCAGCUGCUUGACGCGCUGGUGGCGAGGCUGGGCGACGCCAACGCCAAGGUGAGCAUGGCGGCGCUGGAGCUGGUGGGCCAGCUGGCGGGCGCGCUGCGCUCCCGCAUCUCGCUCAGCCUCAACACGCUGGUGCCCGCCCUCGCCGCCGGCCUGGGCGCCGGCAAUGACAAGAUCCGCGGCGCGGCGCUGGCCGCCACAGACGCCCUGCUGAGCACCGUGGACCCAGCCAUGCUGGUGCAGCACUUCUCCCACGUCGUGGGCAACGGCACCAUCCAGCGCGGCAAGCCGCUGCUGGUGGACAAGCUGGUCGCCAUCGCGGGCGCGCUGUACGGCUCCAAACCGCAGCUGGUGGCGCGGUACGCGGUGCCGGCGGCGUUCGCGCUGCUGAACGACAGCAAGGGCGGCGAGGCCAAGGCCGCCGCGAACGCGCUGCUUGGGGCGUUGGCGCGGCUGAUGGGGCCGGCGCUGUUGGACCAGGCGGGUGGGCUGAAUGCGGUGGCGCAGCAGCGCGUGGCGGACGCGGUGGCGGCGGCGAGCGGCCAGGCGCCGGCGGGCGGGGCGGAGCUGCGGCGGGGGGGCAGCUUCGGUAGGGACAGGGAGGCGGGAGGCGGCGCGGACAGGCCGUGGGCGCCGCGCCGGUAGCGCGUUUGCGUGGGGGCAGGGCGCAGGGGGCUGGGGGCAGGGGGCUGGGGGCAGGGGGCUGAGUGCAGGGGGGCUGGGGGCUGGCGAUGGCGAUGACGACGGCGCGCCAGGCGCCAGAGGCGCUGCCAUGGCCAAACAGUCUGUAGGAAUGGAUUGGAGGAACGUGCGCGUGCGGGUUGUAUGAGCAUGAACAGUUGGCCAAAGGACAGAUGUGUUCGGUGCGCUGCGGUCAUGUACAGGUAUAGCUGCUUUUGACUUCGCGUGCUGUGAUUGGGUAGUGUGCGGGCGACCAAACACGAACCAAUCUAGUGGCACAUCGAUUCGGCUUCUGCGUUAUGUAGAAGAGGCAAUAGACAGACGAGGGGCCGUCGCAAACGACAGUAGUCGGCUUUGGGAGGCGAGGUGAGGCAAGCGACGCGGCCGCUACCAACCUGCGCAACGGGUAGCUGCCCAAAGGCACACGUGGUUGGCUUCACUGGCGUGUUCCAGAGUGUUUUGGGCAAUCAUGGGCGUUGCUGAACUGCAUAGGUAUCAGACUGUGUAUGCAUUUAUGCAUUUCUCGACUGUGGUGUUGGCGUGCGUGCGGAUAUUUAACUGCGAUCUCAAUGCACUGGCGAUUGCGUGGGCUAGAACGCUCUCAUGAGGUCCGAUGGCAUCCGGAGCUGUGGACUGAAAGGGUCCUGUUGGUAUGGAGUAUGCGCGCACCGCGUCAUGCAAUCUGAAAUGGGUUGCCGUAUAUUUAGCUGAUAGAGGUUACGACAGCCGUGGACUAAGCCAGGGCCCCAAAAACGUACGAGACACGCACGCUCACCCGAGGAGAGAUCCUCGAAUGACCCCCAUGCUCCUCGCCUCCGGAGAGGGGAGGAACCCCAGGCCCGGCUCACCGCAAACGCUAGCGCUGCUCACCUAAGCCGUGGGUCGGCGUCAUAAGACUACCUCUUGCGAGUCCCUAAGCUGACAAGCUAGGGUGAGGCCGGUGGCGAGUCCGCUGCUGGCCCUACAAAGAUAACCCCUCCAACAUCCUCUGACGCUAGAAAUGAGGUCCCAGCGGCGCGGAGGCCGACGCAGACUCACAAACGCAGCUAGCCGUGACCAGAAGUCCGCAAUCACCUCCACACCGAUUUUUCGCACAACAGCAAUUUCCGUAGUCCGGUCUGCAGCAUCACGGCGUAAAGGCGCUGUCGGCCGUAUUCCAGGGCCGCCACAGCAGCCAAGCAGACGAUGUCCCACACCGCCUGCGAUAGCCCUGGUGGCGCCUGUACUAACCACAACUGGUUCCGUGUGAUGUCCACAUUCGCAUGCUCCCGCAACACAUCAUUCAGAGCCUCCGCCACCACACAGUCC